AUGCUGCUCCUCCGCGCUCUCCAUCCGGCCAAGACGCUCGCGCCGCGGACGGUGGCGCGCUACACGGCGGUCGCCGGCCUUGGCAACCAGGAUGCCACUGCUGGCGGCUCGCCCCAGGGCAAGGUUGUCGUCGUGACCUCCGGGAAAGGCGGUGUCGGCAAGACGACGUGUUCGGCGAGCAUCGGCUAUGGCCUGGCGCAGAAGGGCUACCGCACGUGCCUCAUUGACUUUGACAUUGGCUUGCGCAACCUCGACAUUCACUUGGGCUGCGAGCGCCGCGUGAUCUUUGACUUUAUCCACGUCAUUGACGGCAACUGCCGCCUCAGCCAAGCGCUCAUCAAGGACAAGCGCCUCGAGAAGCUGUCGCUGUUGGCGGCGAGCCAGACGCGCGAUAAAGACGCGCUCACGGAAGACGGCGUCGCCAAGGUGCUCGAAGAGCUCAAGCACGAGUUCGACUACAUCAUUUGCGACUCGCCGGCCGGCAUCGAGUCGGGCGCACGCCACGCCAUGUUUUUCGCGGACGAAGCCAUCAUCGUGACCAACCCCGAAAUCUCGUCGUGUCGUGACUCGGACAAGAUGAUUGGUUUCAUUGCGAGCAAGUCGCUCCGCGCGCAGGAAGGCCGGGCCAAAGUCAACCAGUACCUCCUCAUCAACCGCUACGACGCCAAGCGCGUCUCGAACGAAGAAUGUCUCUCGGUCGAGGACAUUCAAGAGAUGCUGGCGCUGCCGGUCGUCGGCGUCAUCCCCGAGUCGGCGCAGGUCCUCAACUCGUCCAACAUGGGCCAGCCCGUGAUCGCGAGCAAGACCGACAAGGCCGCGGUCGCGUUCGAAGACACGGUCGCGCGCUUCCUCGGCGAAGAGCGCGAGUUAAAGUUUUUGACUCCGGAAAAGUCCAUGGGGCUCUUUGGGCGCCUCUUCAACCAGCAGUGA